CAAAUGAUCACUUUUCUAGCAUCUAAUCUCAGAUACUCUAUUUAAUUUGUCUUUCGCCCAAUCCUUCAUAAUUUUUUGGUCCUUUACCUUGGAUUUUUCUACCUAUUUCCCUCUUUGAUUGUCUAAUCUCCUCCACUCUCUCUUUCAGCCUACUAUCAUUGUUGGUCGCAACUUACCCUCAUAAUCAUGGCGACUAAAGCUGCCUAUAAAAGAUAUUGGGGCACCUUAAUAUUCCCUCCGGAUUACCCGUUCGCCCCUCCAGCCAUUCGCAUGCAUACACCAAGUGGGCGAUUCCAGCCGUCCACGCGACUUUGCCUCAGUAUCAGCGACUUCCAUCCGAAAUCGUUUAACCCAGCGUGGGAGGUUUCAACAAUCCUUAUCGGCUUGCUUUCGUUUAUGACCAGCGAGGAGAUGACUACUGGAAGCGUCAGCGCAUCGGAAGCAGAGCGCCGAGUCCUAGCUGCACGAUCAAGAUGGUGGAAUUCCACUGGGGGCGGUUCUCAUACAGAUCUUGCACCCGGAGUCAACCCUACUGCUAAAGGCAUCAAUAAUGUCAAGGCGGGAGACGGGGGGUUGAAGUUCCGCGUCGAGUGGCCGGGCUUAGACCAGGAAAACUGGAAGUGGAUGAAAGACAACCGAAUCGAUACGAGCACUGGAAAAAUCCUCAUCGAGCCAAGCUCUGCCGCUGCCACCAAGUGUUCUCCAGAGACGAGUGCUCUGCGCAGACGACCUAAUGGAAGCGCUCCAGGGCUAGGGACCGUCAUGGAGGGUGGCCAGGUUGCACGCGAGGCAGGUCAAAGUUGGAUACGCCGAAAUAAACUCUGGAUUGGUCUUGCCAUAAUAUUCGGCUAUGCGCUACUGACCAGAGCCGUCAAUGAUAUCCGAGGAUCAAGUUCAACCAUUUCCGAUAUGGGCUGGUUUUGGGCCGAUACCUCAUUAAAGCAGGCCUCUGCAUUGCCUGCGCAUCCUUUGCCAGCGACAGAUGCAUCUCCUCCGCCUGGAUGUCCGAUGCACCGGUCGGAAUCUGUCAUGCCACCGCAGUCCUCUGUUUCCGAAAUACCCACUUCUUGUCCAGUCCGAUCAACGGAUUCUCCAUUCUUCGUUUCUCAGAGAAGCUCUGCGGACCAAGAGCCCGUGAAACCCGCACAGACUACGCCUUCCGACAAGCCGUCAACCCUUUCUAAAUUAAAUCCUCUCAACUACAUGUUCUCCUCGAUCUCACAAGAGCGCGCCCCCGGUCAGACCGUCGAUCUACCAGUGGAUCGCGAGAUUUCCACCAUCCCGAGAGGCGACUCGAGUAACUGGGAAUACCCGUCACCCCAGCAGAUGUACAAUGCCAUGCUACGGAAAGGGUAUACCGACACCCCACAGGAUGCGGUCGAGUCGAUGGUCGCAGUGCACAACUUUUUGAAUGAAGGCGCCUGGGAAGAAAUCGUGAGCUGGGAGCGUCUGUUUUCAAACGGCCUGGCGCAAGGGUGGAAGAAGUGUCGACGUGGCGAAGAAAACAUCGCUAUGGAUAUCGCUAGAGAGGAGCUGAAUGGAGAGAUCAAGGAUGAGGAGCGGCCAUAUCUCAUUCGUUUCAAGGGUCGGCCGCAGGAGUUGACUCCCAAGGCCUCCAUACUCCAAGCACUUGGGUGGCUGUAUCCCGCUAAAUUUGAAACAGCUCCGCCCUUUGAUCGACAUGACUGGUUCGUGAUGCGCCAAACGCCCUCUGGUCCCAAGGAAGUUCGAUACGUGAUCGACUAUUACUCCGCGCCCCCCGAAUCCACCGGGGAGACCGUCUUCUACCUCGACAUUCGUCCUGCAGUUGACUCUCCGACUGCCGCUGUUGAGCGAUUGAUGAGAUGGGGCGGCGAUGUCUGGUACCGGGCCAGCGGCGGCUCAACCAGGAACACCAACUGAACGGCUCGGAGCGCCUCGACUGCAAUCGCAUCAACAAUGUGUCUACUUUCUCCGCUCAUAACGAACUUGAUGUAUAGAUAAUGGACUGGCAUCUUUGUAUUUUUACCUUUUUUGUUUUUUUACCUAUUUUUGUCUUGGAUUUUCUGGGAAGUGCUUAACUCCCAGCGAUGCCUUAGCCAUACUUACUUGUGUAUACUGAUCCUGUCUGCUGCUGCUCCCUUUGAGAGGGAAACAACCUUUCACUUAAUAUAACCCUUAUUGAUUAUAUUUAAUUCUACAGUGGCUUUUUUAAAUGACAAAAUAUAUUGUUUAUAUCUGCC